AUGUUCCCGGCAUCCUACCUAUUCCUCACCCUCCUCCUCGCAUCCCUCACAACCGCCCGCCUCGCCAUCCUCGCCACCCCGGACCCCCUCAUCGAGCACAUUGCCAACACAAACCCCCCAGCCUGGCUCAGCCCACAAGCCUGCCAUCCCCGCUCCAACUUCCCAUCCGCUCCCCCCGUCAACGCGACCGACCUCCGCGAGGACGCAAAGCGCUUCUGCGCCCGCGCCGCCGAGCUCGUGCCCGUGAUGCGUCCCAAACAGGUACUACGCGGAAACGGCCUCGGCGUUUACAGCGAGCAGCAUUUCCAGCUGGAGUUCCUGCACCCGUGCCCGCACCGCGAUGUAAAGGCGCAAGACCCGCAAGAUCCGAUGGGCGAUGGGAUACUGGUCAAGGGGCAGAGCUGGUGUGUGGAGCUGUUGGCUGGGAAUUGGGACCGGUCCAUAUGA